AUGGAAACUGAACCUUCUCUGGAUACGUAUGCAUGGGAGACUAUGUCAGAGUCACUAAAAUUGGCAUCGGUUUGCUCCGUUGCCUUGCAAGAGCCGGAUGAUGACCUGCUUUCUCGGUUACGGCAUCUGCUUAGCGAGGAGUCGCCGAUUUCUGAUCAUAUGGUACAAGAAGCGGCGUUGAAGUCAACGACCGUCCUUGUUCAGAACUUCCCUACCCUUGCGUCGGUCAUGUCUGCACAUCUUCGUCGGUUUGUAACUUCGCCUCUACCAAUGUUCGAAUACGAGUUUGCUGCCGAAACGCGGGCCCCGUUACCGCUAGCGGCUGCUGCAAAAUGCCUGUCGUUAUGCAUUAAGCUCGCACCCGGCGAUGACUUCGUAAUGUCGAAUAUGUAUUCAUUGCUGAAUUAUAUUUCCGCAACGAGCAAGGAAGCCCAUGAUGGUUCUUGGAGCUCGCAAGUACUGUCUUCUUCGUCUGCAAACUCGGAGGAACAUACCGUCCAGUCACUAAAGUCCGGCCUUCAAGCAUUCAAUGAAGAUCAGCAGCGCCUCAUCGGGAUCAGCACAAUAUCGGUAGUGACGAGCUUAGCACUAGAAUUUAAGAUUGACGAGGUAACUCGCUUGACUGUGUCGAUGCUGUUGCAGAGGCUUCGCUCAGCAGAACCGACAGUCGAAGCUGCAAUUGUCUAUAAUCUUGUUGACCUUGCGAUCAUUUCACCACAAAGCACAUUUAUGGACAUUAUCAGAGCAUUCUCAGUCAUAAAUCGCUCUGCAAACCGUGACGACCCACGUUUCUCAAACAACACUGUCGUCGCUGCACAGACAAGACUUGCACAAGAGCUUCGGCGUCGACCCGAGUUCCGAGAGAUUUAUCUCACAGAGCUAUUGACCCUGUUUAUUGACAAAGGCGUGGCGAUCCAAAACGCUUCGGUUUCAAACCACCACUUGAAAGUUGAUGACAUGGUUGACCAAUUAGGGUCAUUACUAUUGCCCAUCGAUGCCCUCUUAACGCAACCUGACUUUGACCCAUCUCACAACGCACCUAUCGAAGCUAUAGCGCUGUUCCGAAACCUGUGGUUCUUGAGUGUAUUAUUCCGCUUCACUAAUCCCCAAGAACGAACACAGCCCACUUCCGAUUGGCAGGUUGCUGCUUUGACAAGGAUUGCAGCCAAAACACCUUCCAUUGUCCUGGAAGAAGUGCCUGAUUUUGUUACGAGCAACUUGGAAUAUAAUACGGUCAUUCGACAGGAAUACGCGCAAACAGCAACACAUGAUCACCGGACAUUACUAUUGAAGCUGCUUCCGCAACGGCAUAGCGAAAUUCGCUAUUUAUUGCCGAGUCAAGUCAUCUUCCUGUUGGCGAUGUAUGAUCUUGAGGCGAUGCGUUCCUCGUUCGGCCUACCAUCUUCUUUGCCUGUGUAUUUCGUCAACGAAAGUGUGAACAACCACGAAACCUUAUCAUCCUGUAUGGAUUCGGUAGUAGACAAGGUUCUCCAAAUAGCGAUUAGCGAGCUCAGCAAACAGGUUGUCGAACAUAGCCUACCAGACGCAAUGUCAAGCGAGCUUCAGAAACUGCUGGUAUGGUCCUGCCAUCGUGUACAACGUGUACGAGACGUUGCGACAAAGUAUCUCAAUCGCCUCAUCACAUCAUUCCCGUCCUUGAUGUGCGACAAGCCGCUGGUCUUUGCAAUCCUAGAGAUCUUGACUAUCCUGCGGCGAGCCUGUGAGGGAGAGUACGCGGAUGAGUACGACCCGGCAUUUAAUUUCCACUCUGAGCAAUGUGGGGUUGACAUCGAGAUGUCGGACUCGUACAAGUCUCGCAAUGAAAUUUUAUCUGUCUUACACAAUCAUGCGACCAAUUGGUUAGGUCUUGCCUUGGCUAGAGCUCCACUCGAAUUGCAGACAACGCUGCAGGAAUACUUGGUGGCAAGCCGUAGUCCAUCAAUGCAGCCUGCUGAACUUGGCGCAUCUGUUGCACUUCAGUUUGCAAGUGCUGUCGGGCCCUCUGAACGGAAGCUUGUGCCCGUUUCGGGGAACUUGUCAUGGCGGCCCGAUCGCUCAAGAUUGGUCACCACGCAGAUUGCGUGCAAAGAGAGAUACUUAGGAGAGACGAGUGGUGGCGUAUUGCAACAGCCCCACACUGAGACACCUGAAUCUGGUCAAGCGGACCCGAAGGCAAAGAUAUCAAAAGUUCUAAAAGCAGUCCAAGCUAAAACUAGCUCAAUGACUGUACCCGAAAUGAAAGAACUUCUCUUCCAAUGCGCAGCUUGCUUGAUUCGUAGGAAGAUCGAUCACGAACUGCUUCAUUACCUCGUUGCAUUGCCAUUUGCUGUCUUCAGCCCAUUGGUGAUUACGGCAAGCAUUGAAGUCUGGACAUGGGUCAUUGGGGAACGCCCUGAGCUCGAGGUUCCUCUAAUAACGGAGAUUAGCAUUGCGUGGAACAUUACAAUCAAGAAGACAUCUGGCCUGUUCUGUGACUCUAUGAACUAUUCUGAUCCUUUUACCCAUGAAGUAGAAUACAGCCCGACGGACAAAUCGAUCAUCGACCUUGCGAGUACAGCCGCACGCAAACUCUUAUCUCCGCACAUUUUAAUACUUCAGAUGCUCCUUAGUCGAUUUCAGGCGGCUCGAUAUCAUAAGCCUGGGCUGAUGCUGCUUAUUCUCCGCCUUGUGCUCCGAACUUGUGACGAGCAUAGGAGCAUGAGCACUCAUCCACUGGCUCGUGAAGCUCGUUUCUCUUUUUUAUUAUUCGGAUUUGAGGCAUUGAAAAGCUCGAAAAUGGACGUGUUUUGUGAAAACAGGCUUCGUGAAGCUCUUUAUCGAACGGCAUUCUCCUGGUUUGCUGUACGCCCUCAGUGGUCUUACGGUGCGAAUCGAGUUCAAGUGGAGGCCGACAUUAAGAUCCUCUCAGACUUCUUGAAUAUACUACAAACCGACUCCAUCCGAGGCUCACACAUUAUUUCAAGCUCAUCUUUCGCAACCAAAGUUGGUCCAGCAGAUAUGGAGAUGAAAAGCGCAAAUCGCCUACUCCGACUUCUCGUAGAGAACGAGAUUUUCCGGCUCACCGUGUGGAAUAACCCGAUGAACGACGUAAAACGCCUCAUUGAACCAUACAGCUCCAUGGAGCGUGCCAUGGUUGCAGAUGCAUGGGCGGACGAAGUACGCACUGCUUGGAAAAUCGAGCCUGGUCUCGUUGCACACCUACCGGAACGGUUUAAGAACACCACCGUCGAAAGCGAAUGUGGCAGAUGGAUACGAGCGCACACGCGAGAAGUCUUAGACUAUCCUGAGGCUUUGGGUCACGUUGUCGGUGAAAGGCUCGAUCAUGGAAUGCAACGUGAUAUGAAGUAUGUUUUACUCUGGACGCCAGUAACUCCUAUAGUCGCUGUCACGUAUUUCGAGCCACGCUAUUCAAAUGACCCAGUGCUCUUACAAUACGCGCAUCGUGUACUGGAGCAGCAUCCCGUCGAGUUGACAUUCUUCUUCGUACCUCAAAUCGUGCAAGCACUCCGGCAUGACUCUUUGGGCUAUGUCAAGAGAUUCAUUUUCGAGACGGCGAAGAUAUCCCAACUUUUCUGUCAUCAGAUCAUAUGGAAUAUGAAGGCUAACUGUUACAGGGAUGACGCAGCAGAAAAGGAGGAUUCACUGAAGCCAGAACUGGAUAAAAUGACUGAUCUUGUGGUCAGCUCCCUCUCAGGCGAUGCACGAGACUUCUAUAAUAGAGAAUUUGGGUUCUUCAGUGAGGUCACCUCCAUCUCUGGGAAACUGAAGCCUUACAUCAAGAGGAGUAAGCCAGAGAAGAAGGCGAAGAUUGAUGAAGAAAUGGCGAAGAUCAAGGUCCAAGUCGGGGUUUACCUACCCAGCAACCCCGACGGUGUGGUCGUCGAUAUUGACAGAAAGUCAGGGCGCCCGUUACAGAGUCAUGCAAAGGCUCCAUUUAUGGCUUCAUUCAAAGUACGCAAAGAGCGUGUUGUGGUCAGCCAAACCUCCGACAACGUACUAGAAGAUGAGGAGGCGGGAAAAGAGUCUGUUGAGGAGCAAGAUAUUUGGCAGGCUGCUAUCUUCAAAGUUGGUGAUGACUGUCGACAAGACGUGCUUGCUCUUCAAGUUAUCGCUAUGUUCAAGAAUAUCUUCACAAGCGUCGGAUUGAACCUGUACCUGUAUCCUUACCGUGUCACGGCAACUGGACCCGGGUGUGGCGUGAUUGAUGUGGUCCCCAAUGCAACGUCGAGAGAUGAAAUGGGUCGAGCCAAAAUCAACGACUUGCUCGGUUUCUUCACGGCAAAAUACGGAGGAGAGGAUAUGAUCUCAUUCCAGCGAGCCCGUCUGAAUUUCAUUCAGUCCAUGGCUGCAUAUUCCGUCGCUUGCUACAUACUGCAGAUAAAGGAUCGACACAAUGGUAACAUCAUGAUUGAUGGGGAGGGGCAUAUCGGUAUAAAGUUCGAGCCGAACUCGUUCAAGCUAAAUCACGAGAUGGUCGUUCUCAUGGGUGGACGCUAUUCAAGAGGAUAUGCAUUAUUCCAACAGCUCACAGUCAAGGCGUUCCUUGCUAUCCGGCCUCAUGCAGAACAGAUUAUUAGCACGGUCGAGCUCAUGCUAGGCACCGAAUUACCGUCAUUCAAAGGCGAACCAACAAUUAGGCGCUUACGAGACAGGUUUGCCUUGGGUCUGAAUGAGAGACAAGCGGCAGACUUCAUGAUUGGCGUAAUCAAGAACGCUCAUGAAAAUAUGAGGAGUGUUGCUUAUGAUGAGUUCCAGAGGCUGCAAAAUGGGAUACCGUACAAGUAA